CAAGUCAACAACACAGCUGCACUGCUUCCACUGGUUGCACUGCACAAUACCAGCCCUACUUGACCAUUUCCGUCUCUGUACUGCCAGCGUGCCUUCAUCAUCUUCUUCUUUUCUCAAACAUCUUCAUCCUCAUCCACUACUGCGUUCCCCGUAGUCUUGGGAGCUCCCACCCACUUGCAUAGACAACCCUGACGUGCAGUGACGCGGAUCCUGGAACCAAGUUCUUUUCACAUUCCAUCCUGCUCACCUCCUUUUUUCUGCAUCUCCAACAUACAUCGCCAGAUCUCCCAAUAGAUCUCUGGGCCUUGUGAUCUUGCACCAUCGCAGAGCCCUCGAUUCCUCGAUCCUCAUACAUCGAAUACUUCCUGACAAGAACUCUCCGCAACGAUGGCUCACCCCGGUGGAAACGCAGGAUAUCCUAGCGACCACAACCUUCAGGAUCUCCCUCCUGGAAGCAGCGUAAGUCAACUCAUCGAAUUCAUCGAGUGAAGCCAAUCUUAACCUCUAAUCUCAGUACCAUUUGCCUCCUCACGACGACGAGGAGGGUAACCAGCCGCUCUUGCACGGAGCCCCUGGGCCAUUUGCUAGUCCCUACGACAACAAUACCCUUCGAACCGCCACUCCUCCCAUACGACCAAACUCAACCUACAGUUUGACUGAGUCCUAUGCUCCUAAUGCUUCAACACCAGCGCCAUACAGCAGUGAAUAUGGUCAAAACUCGGCUACAUAUCCCUUGGACUCGGAUCCCUAUGGACGGGUCGCAUCUCCAUACUCCCGAGCUGAUACAGAUUCUACCGAGGCCUGGAAACAGCGACAAGCGCCAGCAACAGGUGGUUUGAAGCGAUAUGCUACGAGAAAGAUUAAGCUGGUACAGGGUAGCGUCUUGAGUGUCAAUCAUCCCGUGCCAUCAGCCAUCAAAAAUGCCAUCCAGCAGAAAUACCGUGUUGAAGCUGAAGGGGGAAACAGCGAGGAGUUCACUCACAUGCGAUACACAGCAGCUACUUGCGACCCUGACGAUUUCACUCUCAAAAAUGGUUACAAUCUACGACCUGCCAUGUACAACCGCCACACCGAGUUGCUCAUUGCUAUCACCUACUAUAAUGAGGAUAAGACUUUGACCGCCCGUACCCUCCACGGUGUCAUGCAAAAUAUUCGUGAUAUCGUAAACCUUAAGAAGUCAGAUUUCUGGAACGUUGGUGGACCGGCCUGGCAGAAGAUUGUCGUAUGCCUUGUUUUCGAUGGUAUUGAUCCUUGCGACAAGAAUACAUUGGAUAUCCUGGCCACGAUCGGUAUCUACCAAGACGGUGUCAUGAAGAAGGAUGUCGACGGCAAGGAGACUGUCGCACAUGUUUUCGAGUACACUACUCAAUUGUCCGUCACCGCCAACCAGCAGCUCAUCCGACCCACGGAGGAUAGUGCAAACACCUUCCCCCCGGUACAGAUGAUGUUCUGCUUGAAGCAAAAGAACACCAAGAAGAUCAACUCCCACAGAUGGCUUUUCAAUGCUUUCGGUCGUUUGUUGAAUCCUGAAGUCUGCAUUCUUCUGGAUGCUGGAACCAAGCCUGGACCAAAAUCACUUCUAUCCCUCUGGGAAGGUUUCUACAACGACAAGGAUCUUGGUGGAGCAUGUGGUGAGAUUCAUGCUAUGUUGGGUACGCAGUAAACUUUACCUAACUUUUGAUCAUAUUCUAAUCCGUGUAUUUUAGGUAAGGGCGGCCGAAAGCUACUCAAUCCGCUCGUUGCCGGUCAGAACUUCGAAUACAAAAUCAGUAAUAUUUUGGAUAAGCCGCUUGAGAGUUCUUUUGGGUAUGUUAGUGUGUUGCCUGGUGCUUUCUCUGCAUACCGAUUCCGAGCGAUCAUGGGAAGACCGUUAGAACAAUACUUCCAUGGUGAUCACACACUAUCCAAGAAACUUGGAAAGAAGGGUAUCGAGGGAAUGAACAUUUUCAAGAAGAACAUGUUCUUGGCCGAGGACAGAAUUUUGUGUUUCGAGUUGGUUGCGAAGGCUGGAUCAAAAUGGCAUUUGACAUAUAUCAAGGCGGCUAAGGGUGAGACUGAUGUACCCGAAGGAGCUGCUGAGUUUAUUGGUCAACGUCGCAGAUGGCUCAACGGUUCAUUCGCAGCCAGUAUGUACGCCAUUAUGCAUUUCGGAAGAAUGUGAGUUUAAGUCCCUUCUCACGUCAAUCCCAACCAGAUCGCUAACAACUUUUAGGUACAAGAGUGGUCACAAUCUUGUUCGCAUGUUCUUCUUUCAUAUCCAAUUCUUCUACAACAUGUUCAGUGUGUUCUUAUCCUGGUUCAUGUUGGCGUCUUUCUGGUUGACUACUACCGUUAUUAUGGACUUGGUCGGAACUCCCAAGAAAGGAGAUAAUGUUAAUGACCCGGGUACUGACAAGCAUGGCUGGCCUUUCGGGGACACCGCGACUCCUAUCAUCAACACCGUACUCAAGUAUCUCUAUCUCGGAUUUCUGGUCACGCAAUUUAUUCUCGCUCUCGGUAACCGACCCAAGGGUUCUAAGCUCACCUACCUCAUAUCUUUCGUCAUUUUCGGUUUGAUCAACGCCUACCUGAUCGUUUUGUCUCUGUAUUUGGCUAUUAACGGUAUCACCACGACCACUUUCAACACCGACAGUACCGCUGAAUUUUUCAAGAGUUUCUUUGGAAGUGGUAACGGUAGUGGAGGUAUUAUCAUUGUUGCUUUGGCAGCCACAUUUGGUCUAUACUUCGUUGCCUCGUUUAUGUACCUGGACCCGUGGCACAUGUUCACAUCUUUCGGUCAAUACCUCUUGCUUAUGUCUUCUUACAUCAACAUCUUGAUGGUUUACGCAUUCAGCAAUUGGCACGAUGUAUCAUGGGGAACCAAAGGAUCUGAUAAGGCCGAGGCACUUCCUUCAGCGAAAACAAGCAAGACCGACGGUAAAGGUGCAGCAGUCAUCGAAGAAAUUGACAGACCACAAGAGGAUAUUGACAGUCAGUUUGAGGCUACUGUAAAACGUGCUCUUCGACCUUUCAUCCCUGAACCGGAAGACGAGAGCAAAACGCUUGAGGAUUCCUACAAAUCUUUCAGAACCAAGUUGUUGAUUUCCUGGAUUUUCUCAAACGCCUUGCUCGCUGUUGUCAUUACCAGUGACAGCAUUGAUCAAUUUGGUUUCAGCGUAAGUUUCCUACUUCCUUUUUCUGAUCUUCUUGGUGCUAACUACGAUUGCAGCAAAAGAAUAAUGCUAGUGCCAGAACCCAAAAGUUCUUCGAAUACCUCCUGUGGGCGACAGCUGUCCUGUCUGUGAUCCGUUUUCUGGGAUGUAUGUGGUUCUUGGGACGAUCUGGAAUCAUGUGCUGCUUCGCCAGACGCUAAACAUGCUUGGAACAUUUGGUUCCUCAAGACCGUUCGAAGCGUGUCUAAUCAAUCUUCCUCUUGCGGGGGUGGAAAAAAUAAUGAUGGAUCUGGCCAUAUGUUGUAAAAGUACUCGGGGGGGUUUAUGCAUUUGCACAUCAUGGCGUUCUACAAGUCGUCGAGCGGCUUUUUCUAGAUGAUUGAUUUCUAGUGUAGCAGUUUGUUUCGAAAAUUGAAUACCCAAAAUGAAAAUACAUGAUGACGAUGAUUCUAUUUUGUCUUGAUGUUAUACAACUUUUUGACGCCUGGUUGGGUUUCCUGGUAGACUUUCUCAAGUUCACCUCUCUUUGGCUGCUAAGGAACUGAGAGAGCAACUAAGAGCAGGUCGCCCCUUGAAAAAAGAGUGGCUGGUUGAGCUGCGAAGGAAAAUUGCUUGCAGCAGCUCUUUGACGAUAAGAGAUUCACUGCCUGGAUGUCAUGAUGUCAGUGGUUAUCAAAAGUCGGGAAUGAGUAGAUCGGCAAUUCUUGUCUUUUGUUGUGAGAAUUGAUAGUUUAGUUUGAUAGUACGGUAGUACAUGACAGGGAUGAAGCGCGGUAUGUUUACUCACAGGUAAGGCUAUGCCAAGAGGCGGGGCCUUCUGAAAUACUUCAUCGGCCGAAUCUGAGCCUUGCCAUCCACCAGAUAAGUUUGGUGACAACAGCAAGAACCUCGCCAUCUCACCGACAUCCAACAACCACCGUCGGUGGCGACCUCAUAUUUGCGCUUGCUGCUUGCUACCUUACCUUCUUUCUGCCUAUUUGGAUACCCUCACCUACGAAACGACUACCAACUACGACCGCCAAUAUGAAAUCCAUUUGGAGUAUGGUACGCGCCACCGAUUUGAUUCCUACCUGUCUUGCGCCGACUUCCCCGCCAUUUGCACAAGAACUAACCUCCUCUACAGAAACAGAAGCAGCAGGCGGCUGCCAACGCCGACGCCGCUGCGGGUAUUCGCCACAAGAAGGUCACAGCUGCCCAUCUUCGUGUCCAAAAGGGUGAGAUUCAAACUGCCUCGGAUCGGAUCUCUGUUCCUCUGGCUAAUUAAGGUCCUCAGAUAUCACUGAACUGUCUCUCCCUUCCACAAUGAAGAUUGCAUUCAAGAACAAGGAUGAUCUUCUCAACUUUGACUUGACCAUUGAACCUGACGAGGGAAUGUACAAGGGCGGCCUGUUUCACUUCACCUUUGAAAUCAGCCAGGAAUUUCCUCACGCUGCCCCCAAGGUGCUCUGCAAAGACAAGAUUUAUCAUCCCAAUAUCGAUCUCCAAGGCAAAGUCUGCUUGAACAUUUUGAGAGAGGAUUGGAAGCCAGUUUUGAACCUUCAAGCCGUCAUUGUCGGUCUUCAGGUAGGCAUAGCAGACAUGUCUUCCAGUCCUGAUAGUACAAGUUGACUAACGCAUAUCUUCUAGUUCUUGUUUCUUGAACCUAAUGCCUCUGACCCUCUCAAUAAGGAAGCCGCCGAUGACCUCCGUUCCAACCGCGAGGGCUUCAAGCGCAACGUUCGUCAAUCCAUGGGUGGUGGAAUGGUUAAAUCGGAGUCCUUUGACAAAGUUCUUAAGACCAGAGACUAGAGGUGUGCCUGUAUGACCAACGACAGAAACGCAUUUAGAGGAUAAUUGAAAUGACGAAAUGGGCAUAUGGCAUAAUGAGGCGUUGUGAUUUGGAAGAUGGAGUACAUACCGUGGUCUUUUUUACGUUCUGGAAUUCUGAAGCGUAGAAUGCGAGCAUACAGCAUCAAAAUCACGGAUAUGGUGCUUUGGCAGAGUUAAUAUAAUUUGCAUAUGAAUA